GGCCGCAGGAUGGGAAGCCACAGCUCCAAGGCCGCCAAGGGGGACGUGAUGGCCCAGGAUGCCGCCGGCGACGCCUCGCCCUCCAAGGCCAACGGCCAGGAGAACGGCCAUGUGAAGAUAAAUGGGGGGGUGUCGCCUAACGCUGAUGGAGAAACUGCCCCACUCAAUGGCAAUGGAUCUGCUGAGCCAGUCAAGGAGGGAGCCAUGGCAGAGACGGGUGGCGGGGAUGCCAUCGAGCCUGCGCCGGUUGCUGAAGGUGGAGAAGCCAAGCAAGAUGGAGCAGCUGGUGCCACAGCUUCCAAAGAGACCCCGAAGAAGAAGAAGAAAUUCUCCUUUAAGAAGUCUUUCAAGCUGAGUGGCAUCUCCUUCCGGAAGACCAAGAAAGAGGCAGGGGAAGUGUCUGCUGCCUCCUCUCCCAGUGAGGAGCAAGGGAAAGCAGAGGCCAAGGGAGAGGAGAAUGCUGCCUGUGCCGUGGAGGAGGCGGAGCAGGGCAGUGCUGCCACCAAAGAGGAAGCCCUUGAAGUGAAGGCCGCUGCCCCCCUUGAGGCUUCCGCCACUGCUUCUGCCCCCGAGGAGGGUCAGCAGGAAAUGGAGGCCAAGAGGGAAGAGGGGAGUGAAGGACAAGCGAAGGAGGAAGAGAAGCAGCAGCAGCUGCCCAGUGACACUCAGGAGGCCACAAAGCCAGAGGAGACACCAAAACCAGCGGAGGUGGGACCCAGUCCUGCCCCUGUGGCUGCUGAGCAGAAGGAAUAGAACCAACUUAAAUACCCACCUAACUUUAAAAAAAGACUUUUUUGUGCCAUCCUUCUCAUCCCAGUAACCCAUGGAACUGCUCUGCCUUGUUCACACACACAGAGCCACAAACACAAGUCUCUCUUCUAAGUUCAUUGUAGAAGUGACAAGCCUUUUCACUCCAUUUUUUGCCCUUUCUCACUCUGUUAAGCAAAAAAAGAGAAAACCACCAACUUGGAUACUGGGUACCCAGCACAGCCACUGGUACCACUCAGGAGUAGGUGUUCUUAAAACUGUAUGCAGGAAUACUGUUCCUGAACAGAAACUGGAACUUGCUCAGUUUAAUGAGACUCCGAAUAUUUACACCAAUUUUUGGUCUCUUGGAUCUUUCUACUAAUCUUCAAAGCAGCUUUUUUCCCCUCAAAAAGUCCAAUAAACCAGCAACUGACCGUUCUUCAAAACGGAUAUUCUUUUAUCUCUCAGUUUACAUUCCUGGUUCUGACUUCAUUUAAAAGUAUUUUGUGCUUUUUAUAGAAAUCAACAGUUUAAAAGCUAAUCUGGUUAGUUUUUUAUAAUGUCUUGCUAUUGGCUUUAAACCAUAAAGCUUGUAAGUCCACUGUGUUUAAUUUGACUUCAAAGGGAGAACUUCUUUGGGUUUAUUUAGGGGGGGACAUCGGGGUGGGGUG